GAAGAGACUUGAACACAUAUUAUCUAACUUACAUGUCCAAAACAACCGGAAAUAGUCACAGAAAACGCACUUUACACUGCCUCAAGCAAAGAAGCCGAAUAGCUCUUCAGUAAAUCUAACACACGUUUCGUUUUUAAACCGGUUAAGUAACUUUGCGACGCUCCCUAAACACCUCUUUCAACGACCUUCGACCUUAGUCGUCUGCUGACUGCUGGACUGUAGCAUGCAGCGGGUAAUAACAGUCACAGCAGGAGGACUGUGCACACUGAGAAACACUCACACUAUUAGAGACGUGCUCACACAUUCACCGAGGUUCGUCUCUCGUAGAAACAUGUCGUCGUCUCAGACUAAACGACCGCUUUCCUUACUGGGGACGAUGGCGUUUGGUGGCCGAGCCGACGCCGAGCAGAGCCUGGAGAUGGUGAAGACUUUCCUGGACAGAGGACACAACCAUGUGGACACAGCCUUCAUGUAUGUGGACGGGCAGUCAGAGACGGUCAUAGGGGGCAUGAAUCUACCUAAAACAGUAAGCAUAGCUACCAAGGCCAACCCCUGGGAUGGGAAGACGCUGAAGCCAGAGAGUGUACGCUCUCAGCUGGACACCUCCCUUCAGAGGCUAAAGACCGAUAGUGUGGACCUUUUCUACCUCCAUGCCCCUGACCACGAAAACCCCAUCCAGGAUACCCUUAGGACCUGCAAUGAACUCCACAAAGAGGGAAAGUUCAAGGAGUUUGGCCUGUCAAACUAUGCAUCAUGGGAAGUGGCUGAAAUUGCCACCAUCUGCAGACACAACAACUGGAUUGUUCCCACUGUGUAUCAGGGGAUGUACAACGCCACUACAAGACAGGUUGAGUCUGAGUUGCUGCCAUGUCUGAGAAACUACGGAAUUAAAUUCUACGCAUACAAUCCUCUAGCAGGUGGCCUUCUGACAGGAAAGUACCAUUAUCAAGACAAAGACGGUUCCCAGCCUGCAGGACGAUUCUUUGGUAACAACUGGGCGACAGCAUACAGAAACAGAUACUGGAAGCAGAGUCAAUUCGAGGCAAUAGAUGUGGUUCUGAAGGCCUUGGAGACGACGUACGGCUCAGAGAAACCCACCAUGACUUCUGCUGCUAUGCGCUGGAUGUACCAUCACUCCCAACUUAAGGGUGAUCUUGGUGAUGGAGUCAUCAUUGGCAUGUCAACUAUGGAGCAACUUCAGCAAAACUUGGCUGCUGCAGAGGAGGGUCCUCUGGAUCAGAGAGUGGUCGCCGCUUUCAAUGAGGCCUGGAAUCUCGUAGCCCACGAGUGUCCAAACUACUUCCGCUAAAGAGCCUAAAUCUUCAUAACAGUCCAAUUAAAUUCCAUUCAAGUUAAUACAAAAAAGAGAUCUGCUAAAGCCCCUUUCCAUUAGUUACUUACUUGUACUUUUUUCCUGAAAUCACACUUGAAAUUAGUUUUUUCUUUUGAAUGAAUCAAUUGGAAACCAGUAUGUAUUCAUGAGAAGAGCACUACAUUGUUAAUGUACAAAUGUAAAAAAUGAAGAUAUUUUUUCAGGGAAAAAUAGCCUUUUCUGGAGUCUGCCUUAAUCGAACUGUUACAUUAAAAAGAACCAAUUUUCUCACUUCAA